UUAAGAGAGGGACACACGCGCAGGGCUUGCAAGAGGCACACAGCCACUCAGAGGCGGCGAGCGUAAGGCAAGCGAGGAGGCAUUGGAGGAGAAAUCGCUGUAGAGAGAGCAUCACCAACCAGAAGAGGUCUUUUCACCUAUUUCCCCAAUAUCAUCCCAAUCUAAAUCGGGGGGGAAAGCAUUAAAAAGAGACAGAGAGAGAAGGAGCGAGAGAGAGAGAGAGAGACGCUGCUAAGCCAACCUCAAAGUGGGAAAUCUGUAGGCUUAGACGGAUGCUGUAUUUGUACCUGAAUUCCCUCUUCCCAGCAGUGACAUCGCUCUAGCUCCGAUGCCCGGUUUGGAAUGAAAGGAUAGAGAUUCUCCUUGCAAAGAAACUCCUGGCUGUUCCCCCCGGGCUGACAACAAGGACCCUAAGGGACUGGUAUAUCUUCCGAAAGGCUAAGAAAGGGCGAUGGGAGAGCAGAGCUGAAGAGCAGGCAAAGAGGACAGAGAGAGAGAGAGAGAGAGACUGUCAGAACCGCGAUGCGGUGCCACUCUGGGAUCAGCUCCUGAAAUAACUUGUUAACCAGUGUCCUGGGGCAGCAGAUUAUCGAGAAGGAUUCUAUUUUUGACUGCACCCAUUACUCCCCCCCUCCUUCAUCUGUUCACACCCAUUAAGGACUAUUUUGCUGAAACUGUACCCAUUUCAAAAGGAUUUUGGACAUACAUCUGAAACCAACAAUACGGCUGUGUUUUAAUGAAGAAACAUCAGAGCUGCUAACAAUCACGCAAACGGAGGCUGAAGACCUUUGAGGCAAACCAUGCAGUCGUCAUGGCAGCUCAUGCUGUUACUGUCAUUCACUAGCUGUCUUACAGAAUACUCUGCAGCCGUACCAGGAAUCCCUACUUCAUAUGCUGCCAUCUUAAGACUCAAAUCUGCCGGUUCCUCCUAUUCCUCGUUGGCCUUUAAUUCAAAGAGCAGGCAACGAUCAAGCAGCCCUGCCUUGGGAAGCAUCUCUGCACCAAGCUGGCAAGGGGCAGCCCAACAUUACCACUCGCCAACAAACCUCUAUCACUUCUCGGAGGCCUUCAAACACGACGAGAGUGUUGAUUAUGGACCGGUGUUUAUACAGGAGCCAGAGAAUGUGAUUUUCCCCAUGGAUUCAGAUGAGAAGAAAGUGUCCUUUGGUUGCCAAGCACGUGGGAAUCCUGCUCCAAACUACAGAUGGCUCCGGAAUGGAACUGAAAUUGACAUUGAAAGUGAUUACCGCUACAGUUUGAUAGAAGGAAGCAUUAUCAUCAAUAAUCCCAGUGAAACAAAAGAUUCCGGGCAAUACCAAUGCUCUACCACCAACAUGUUUGGCAGUAUUUUGAGCAGAGAAGCCACCCUUCAGUUUGCAUAUCUGGGGAAUUUCAGUGGCCGGACGAGAAGUGCCGUGUCAGUGAGGGAAGGUCAAGGCGUUGUUCUCAUAUGCUCUCCUCCACUCCAUUCACCAGAGAUCAUCUAUAGCUGGGUAUUUAAUGAAUUCCCAUCCUUUGUGGCAGAAGAUAGCCGGCGCUUCAUCUCCCAGGAAACAGGCAAUCUCUACAUCUCCAAAGUCCAGCCAUCUGAUGUUGGCAGCUAUAUCUGCUUGGUGAAGAACACAGUGACCAAUGCCAGAGUCCUUAGUCCUCCUACACCACUGACACUCCGUACUGAUGGUGUGAUGGGGGAAUAUGAGCCGAAAAUUGAAGUCCAUUUCCCAUACACAGUUACAGCCGCUAAGGGAUCUACUGUUAAGAUGGAGUGCUUUGCACUUGGCAACCCUGUUCCAACAAUUUCAUGGAGGAAAGUUAAUGGUCCUAACCCAAGUAAAGCCCGUCUGCGGAAGUCCCAAGCCAUGCUUGAAAUCCCAAAUGUUCAGCUAGAAGAUGCAGGGACGUAUGAAUGCAAGGCCGAAAACUCCCGUGGAAGGAACGUCUUCAGAGGACAGCUGCAAGUAUACACAUACCCACAUUGGGUAGAGAAGCUUAAUGAUACCCAGUUAGACAGUGGGGAUCGACUCCGCUGGGAAUGUAAAGCUACUGGAAAGCCAAGGCCCACCUAUCGCUGGCUAAAAAAUGGAGCACCCCUCUGGCCAGAGAGCAGGAUUGAGAUGGUUAAUGGUGUACUGAUGAUCCACAGUGUCAAUCAGUCUGAUGCUGGAAUGUACCAGUGUGUGGCAGAAAACAAGCAUGGAGCCAUUUAUGCCAAUGCAGAGCUGAGGAUUUUGGCUUCUGCUCCAACUUUCCCACUAAGUCAGCUGAAGAAAACCAUCAUUAUUACCAAGGGCCAGGAAGUUGUAAUUGAGUGCAAACCACAAGCCUCUCCAAAACCAACCAUCACAUGGAAAAAAGGAAGCAAGGCAGUGCGAGAAAAUAAAAGGAUAACUGUUCUUCCAGAUGGGAGCCUGCGAAUCCUGAAUGCCUCCAUAUCUGAUGAGGGAAGAUAUGUAUGCCUAGGAGAAAACAUGUUUGGUUCUGCAGAAAAAGCAGCUUCUCUGUUUGUUAAAGAGCCUACCAGAAUCGACUUGUCCCCUAAGAGGACUGAACUAACUGUGGGAGAAAGCAUUGUCCUCAGCUGCAAAGCCAUUCAUGACCCCACCUUAGAUGUCAUUUUCUACUGGACUCUGAAUGGACAGCCAAUCGAUUUUGAGAAGGACGGCGGACACUUUGAAAGCAUCCGAGCGCAAGCAUCCUCUGCAGACUUAAUGAUCAGGAACAUUCUUCUGAUGCAUGCUGGGAAAUAUGGCUGCAGGGUACAGACCACAGCAGACAGUAUAUCAGAUGAGGCAGAACUUCUUGUUAGGGGUCCACCUGGACCUCCUGGGGUGGUGAUUGUAGAGGAGAUCACAGAGAUGACAGCAACUCUUUCAUGGACUCCUGGGGCAGACAAUCACAGCCCCAUCACCUCCUACAACCUGCAAGCAAGAAGUCCGUUUUCGCUUGGUUGGCAGACUGUGAAAACAGUUCCAGAAAACAUCAGUGGUGACAUGGAGUCUGCCAUGGCUGUCGAACUGAACCCGUGGGUGGAAUAUGAAUUCAGAGUUGUAGCAACUAACAAAAUUGGAACUGGAGAUCCAAGUGCGCCAUCUAGAGUCAUUAGGACCAAGGAGGCAGUUCCAAAGACAGCUCCAGCUAAUGUAAGUGGCAGAAGUGGAAGACGGCAUGAAUUAGUAAUAGCAUGGGAGCCAGUCUCUGAAGAGUUUCAGAAUGGAGAAGGUUUCGGUUACAUUGUGGCUUUCAGGCCCAACGGUACAAGAGGCUGGAAGGAAAAAAUGGUAACCUCUUCUGAUGCCUCCAAGUUCAUCUACAGAGAUGAAAGUGUGCCUCCCCUGACUCCAUUCGAAGUGAAAGUUGGUGCUUAUAACAACAAAGGAGAUGGACCAUUCAGCCCUAUUGUGGUUAUCUGUUCUGCAGAAGGAGAACCCAGCGCUGCUCCUACUGAUGUCAAGGCGACAGGAUUGUCUGUAUCAGAGAUGCUUGUUGAGUGGAGGCAUAGUAAAGAAAGCCUAGGAAGACCUCAGGGAUUUGAGGUUGGUUACUGGAAAGAUAUGGAACAAGAAGAAGCCGCUGAGAAGGCCAGAACUGAAGGAAAUGAGUCAUCCAUCAUUCUGACAGGACUAGAGGGCAACACAUUAUACCACCUGAGAGUGAAGGCGUACAACUCAGCGGGGUAUGGGCCACCUAGCAGCGCAGUCCGUGAAGCCACCAAGAAAUCUCCCCCUAGUCAAGCACCAAGUAAUAUUAUGUGGAUGCAAGAUGGCUCGCACGUGUCCCUGGGAUGGGAACCUGUUAGACCUUUAGCAAAUGAAUCUGAUGUCAUGGGAUACAAGGUAUUGUUUAGGCAAGAAGGUCACAGCAACAGUCAAGUCAUUGAAACACAAAAAACCUCUGCAGUGGUGCUUCUACCUGAUGUAGGUGUCUAUAUCAUAGAAGUACGUGCAGUUAGUGAAGGAGGGGAUGGAACACCAAGUUCUCAAAUCAGGGUACCAUCACUUUCAGGUGGAAAAGUCACAAGCUCUCAAUCAAGCCUACGUGCUUUCUCCACUUCUUCAUCGACUGUGACAUUUCUCUUGGUACUGAUGGUUCCUUCAACCUCAUGGUGAAGACUGUGGGUCUUUUUCUUCCAUCUGUUCGAUUGCUUUAGCCUGAUAACACCAAUGGAUGAAGCCCUGUGUCCGCGGGAGAUGCAAAAGGCAAAGAGCUAAUGGUCAAAGACACAUGGAAAUACACAUAGUGCACCAGGAAGAGUGCUGUAGGAGGGAGAAAUGCUAAAACAAUUCAUCAGGUUUCUUCUCUUCAUUUUUUGUAAAUGUCCUCUAAGGGGGAGGGGAUGUUUAUUGCCCAACUGAAAAUAUGCAGAUUAUAUAAAAUGAACUUCUGUAAGCAAAUGAAAUUUCUGUCAAAUUUACUUUACUUUUUGAAUCUGUUUCUAUAUUACACCAGUCUUGUAUCAUUAGUCGUUUAAAUUGUGAUGUCUAGUACAGUACAUCAAUUUGGUUUGACUUGUUAUGGGUUCUUUUUUCCUUUUGAGGACAAAGUUUGAUAAAUGCUUGGAGUUUAGUGGGCUUCCCUCCUUUCUCCCUCUUUUCAUAAGGCCGUCCUAUUUUCCAUAAUGGACAAGGCAUGAUGACAAAAGUUACAUUAAUUGGCUCUUUUCUAAAUUACUGUAGAAAAUGUUGCCUUUAAAAGAAAUUAAUAAUGCCAUGUCAAGUUAGCAAAGUAUGGUAAUUUUCUAUUGUUUUUCUGCUCUGUUUGUAGUCUCUGGGCAUACAAUGAGCCACUUUUUUUCACAGCAAGAUAAAAUUGAAGCCUUUCAACUGAGCAAAACUCAGCCCUAUUGUUUUGCAUCAGAUAUUGUCCACCUAAACCAUAAAGGGAGAAAACGUUUAUUUUUUAAUAGUGAGAAUAGACUAAGAAUGCAAAUAGCAAUGAAAUCAUCAUUGGACAUUCAACCAUAGCCUCCAGUUGUUGCUAACUGGACGCAAUAAAUACAUGCAAGGAGGCAACGCUGUUAUCCCCAAACAGUCGUCUGUCUGUAGACCUUUAUUUUUGUAGUCCAUUUUUGUAUGGUACUGUACUGUCUAUAUUUUGUGAUUAAACUGGAGGAUAUCAACAAACCCUAUCAAGAGCAGACAGGAUGGUGUUGCCUUGAUUUUCAAUGAUAUGUACAAAUAUUCUAGUGGGGAAUGCAGUUUCUUGAACAACAUGAGAGUGAAUCCUAUCAAGCAGUGUUUCUAGCCAUCAGGCCAAUGGCUUUCAGCCUCUCCAGACUCUGGAGUCCAGAUCCAAGAUCCAUCUUCAAACUCAGCCUACAAUGCUGGACAUUUACAUCUGUACCUAAUAUUUUGUCAUUGCUUUCUCUUCCUCACAUCCACAGUCCAUUUUUCUCCUUUUUUUCCUCUAUCAGAUGGUCAUGACACAUGGAUGUGACUUGUGUUAAGACAUAGGGGUGUGCAUAGAACCGAUUAUGGUGGUUCGGUUCGAAUUCGAGCCAAAUUCAAACUGGACCGCUAGACCGCAAGCCAGUUUGAGUUGAACUGGUCCCCAGUUUCGUCCAAGGGUUGAACUGGGUCAAAGCAGUUUGGAACUGGUUCAAUUCAGCUUGAGGGGUUGUGCUUGUAAAGGGCAAUCCAGUGUACCUUGCCUGCCUUAAAAAAAACUUCCUAAUAGGGGCUGUGAGAGGACACCUCGUUGUCAGAAGGGGCAGCAGCACAAUAGCAGCAGCAUGGCUCCUCCAAACUCUUCAGCCACGACCAGCACUCCAGUGCAGCCCGGUUCUGGCCUCCGCACAUGUAGAGACCAGGCCCAUACAGGACCUGGUCUGGAGAGUUCAGAGGAGCCAGACUGCCGCCACCACCGCCUCCAACUACAAAGUACCCUCUUGGCACCCCUAUUAGGAGGUUUUUUUAAAAGGCAGGCAGGGUUUCCCCCUUGGCUUGUAAAGGGGAAUUCUCAGCAGAUUCCCCUUUACAAGCAUGCACCCUCAAACCACCAAACUGGUUCCAUUAGAACCGGGGCCAGUUCAGCUCAAACCCAAACUGGCACCCCUUUAUUGGUAUCAUUGGUGUUUAUAGGAGUCUGAACCAAUCUUACCAGGCCAGAUCUAUUUGAACCAGGUUCAGAUAGAACCAGUUCUACACACUCCUAUUAAGACAUCAGUUUGGCUUAUGGAACAUGAGUCAUCAUCUGAAGAUCAAUAAUCCUAAGCUAUUACUGUAUUUGAAUCCAAGACUAGGUUUCCCCCCCACCCCAAGUUUUUUAGUAUUAGAAUUCAGGAGGUCGUCUUAAAUUUGGAGUCCUGUUCCUUUUGAGUAAAUGCAGGUACAGCCUGUAUUUAACCUUUACUUUUUAAGGGGGUUAUCUUAAAUCCAGAGUUGUCUUCGUUUUGGGUAAAUAUGGUAUGUCUCUAGUGCAUUUAGCUACUUACUUUAUGCAGGGGUACCCAACCUUGGGUCCCCAGAUGCUGGACUACAACUGCCAUCAUCCACAGCCAUAAUAGCUGGAGGUCAUGUGGCUGCAAAUGAGUUGUAGUCCAGUGACAUCGGGGGACCUAAGGUUGGGAACCCCUGCUUUUAUGGCUAAGACCAUAUGCUGCCUACUUUCAUCCCAGCAGUUCUUUUGUGAUAUCACAGUCUUUCAUUUUCCAGUACAGUAGGAGAAGGAACAACUUUCCUGUUGAAGAUCUGAAGGCCUUUCAUGUUUUCAGAGUCAAGCCAAAAUGCCUCCUACCUUGUCUGUGAUGUGUAUAUAAUACAUGUGUGGAUCUGUUUAACAUGGUGAAUAUGGUGUUGUGAGGGAUGCAGCUUUAAGUAAUGUAUUUUUAAAGGAAUUUUACAUGGAUGCACAGGAUCAAGCUUGAGGGAAUCAUAUUUAGUAUUGGGAAAGUGCUAGCGCUGGAACCAUCCAGUGGGUUGUAUCCGAGGAAUGUGAAUCCUGACAAAAUAUCAUUGAGAUCAAUGGAGACAACUGAUCUAACUUAAGUUCCAUUAAUUUUAGCGGUGCUCAGUCAGGAUUCACUUUCUUUGGAUACAAUCCACAGUGAUUAUAUGAUUAAAACAAAACUUAUCUGGAUCCCAGAACUUGUUAUGUUGCUUGUUACUGAGCAUGCUCCAAAUAAGCUGGCGCACAGCAGAUUUAAACAAAGGAUUAGGCAAAGCAAGUGCUGCGGAAAAAGUUUACAACACUAAUUGAAAGCUCAGUGAUGGGUUUCUCUCCAUUAAUUCACUAUCCACCCAACAAAGGUCAUCUCUUGAAAGCAGAUGGAAGCAUUUGCUUUCUGUCACCCACUGAUUUACAUCUAGGGUUUCAUUGCAUAUUACUCCUAUAGAGCAAAAAUUGGUUUAAAUUCUUCCUAACAACUCUGAUACUCAGAGAAUGAUUAGCUUCAGCACUGCAGGUUAUAGAGGUAACAAAGACAUCCUCAAGUUCUGUCUUUAAGAUUAUCAACUUCUAGUCUUUAAAAAAAAAAGGUCUUAGUGAUUCAAUUGAAUGAAAGGCAAAUUAUUUCCACUCCUUACUGCGAAAUGUAUGGGGUAGGGGGGGUGUAGCAGCCUGCCGUGACAUGCAGAGAAGACAGUAGUGCUGAAGUCCAUUCAUAACAAACAGGAAAUAAAAUAUAAUUGCCACAAUCCAGCAAAGAUAAAUAGGUGUACAACCGGGACUUUCCCAUUGCUGGCUAUGGGAAGUGUCAUCAUGUACCUGUAGUGAUUAACAUUCUAUGGUCAGCAAUUUGUGUGACCACAGCACAACACAAAACUUUGCAAUUAGUGGGCCACUAGUGAGUCAUGGCUCAGCACUGAACUCAAUGAAACAUGACUAACUUUCAAUAAUAUCAAUGGGAUUUAGUCUGAGGAAUGCCCAGUGAGUCCUAUAUCUGAAUGUGGCUGAAAAGGCCGGAAAAUAUUAGAGCCUUCUUAGAGAACUGUAGACCCCAGAGAACUCAAUUACGUGUCGUCAAUAACAUGCCAUAGGCCUCCAAGCUUACGGCCCUUCCUACAGCAAUGAGCAGCACCUCCUGUCUGGAAGCCCACAAUGUCAUCAAAUGGUGCACGGCCUGAUCCAUGCCCGGAGGGGCAAGUCUGGAGACUAUUAGGCCUUGAUACGUCCUUGAUGAUGACAUCAUCAGGAACACAUUGGAGCUGAGCCCUCCCUGUAUCCUAUGCUCCUCCCACUAUCACUGAUGAUGCAUGUACAAUGCAUGGGAUGGUGGUAGGGUCCUAUCAGUAUCAGGAGGAACAAGAGAGCCCUCUAUGCCUAGAGAGCCCCCAUUGAUGUCAGCAGGGGACAUGUUAUAGUCUAGAGGCCUUUUCCUUAAUUUGUUUUUUUUAAAAAAACUAUUAAUUUCUUCUUCACCAGUUAUUUUCAGAUCAAGAAUUAGAUGGGGGUGGGUUGGCCCUUCAUAUGCUUGCAUUUUUCCAGAUUAUGAGCAAUGGCUGUAAUACAGCAAAGGGGAAUGGCAUAGCAAACCCAGCUUUCUGAAUGUUGCUUAUAGAAAGUGAGAGUUCUCCAUGAGCAUGUUUUGCCAGUCCAUAAUCAGCAAUGGAAACUCGGCAGGCUCACAGUCUCCCAGCUCACGGCCGAUGCUCUCUGUGCUAUAUUUCAGAAGUAAGGUUCAUCAGACUGUGCUUCAAGCAAGGUGGCAGACACCUUGCUGUUAGUUCACACCAUAGAACUGAAUGGCCAAGCUUUUGUUAGUUGUAUUGAACCCCAGCUUCACAUUAUGUAGCUGCAUUGCUGGGACAUAAAGGGGUAUGUUUUCUAUUCAGCCUGUGCAGAAUGCUGUAUUUUGCAUCUUCAACCUCUUAAUAAACAUGUUUUAAAUGUUUAAGUACCUCUGUAUUACCAUAUUUGUUAUUUUGCAGGAGACAUUUCCUUCUGAUGAGACUUUUGUUGUCAUGUUGUGGGGUUGAGUUUUGCUUGGGAGGGGUUGGUGCCGAGAGCUCUUUUCAUUUUAUUUGGGUGAGAUUGUAACAGAGCAGUCCAACUUAAUUGGAAAGACUGUAUUUUUCUAUAACUUCAUAAUAAUUUUAAGAAUAUCAGAAAAAAAAACUUUGUUCAGAAACCAAAACAAAGGGUCAUCUCAAAAUGUUAGAUAUCUUGUAUACAACCUGUAUAUAUUUACUAUAUAUAAUGGUAUAUACUAUGUGAAAGACACAGUCAAAUACUGGUUCCUGUGUACUGUUCUUGUAACAUUAGAUCUUUUUAAUAAAUUAUCCUCUUUUUAUUGA